AUAAGCUAUAAGGGAGCCACUCAUAUCUCCAAUUCCCAUGGCGACCCUAUCUUCCCCUCCUCCUCCAUCCGUACUCUCUUCCUCCACCGCCAAUUCUAAAACCCCACAUCUGAAACCACGGCUACUCUUCUUCCCCAAACCGCUAGCCACCGCUCUAACCACCGCUUUAGCCACCUCCACAUUGAUCCUAACCUCCCCUCCCUCCUCUAUCGCCUCCUCAACAUACAGCAUCUACUACGGCACCGCCGCCAGUGCAGCCAACUACGGAGGAUACGGUGGAAACUCCGACAAGAAAGCCUCCGCCGAGUACGUGUACGACGUCCCCGAGGGAUGGAAAGAGCGUUUAGUUUCGAAAGUGGAAAAGGGCACCAAUGGGACAGACAGCGAGUUCUACAAUCCGAAGAAGAAACAAGAGAAGGAGUACUUAACAUUCUUGGCAGGAUUCAGACAGAUGGCUCCAAAAGACGUGAUCUUGAACAACUUGGCUUUAUCAGACGUGGAGUUGCAGGAUUUGAUCGCCGGAGCCGACAGCUUAGUUUCGGAGGAGAAGAAGGACGAGAAUGGACAGCUUUAUUAUGUGUACGAGAUCGAUGGAAUCGGUAAGCAUAGUUUGAUAUCGGUGACUUGUGCAAAGAACAAGCUUUAUGCUCAUUUCGUUAACGCUCCGGCGCCGGAGUGGAAACGCGACGAGGAGACUUUAAGGCACAUUCAUGAGUCUUUCAAGACUGUUGGAUCGUCUUGAAUUCUCUCUCUCUCCCUCUCUCUCUCCCCUUCUGUUUGUAUGAGGCAUUGGCGUUGUUCGUC